AAAGAAACACGAAAAAAUCAACCACAAAAAAUCCAAAAAAAAAAAACAUACAACAGCCGGUGUUCGCUGGUGGUCACCCACCCAACUACUAAUCUGCCUCUCAUUGGCUUGACUCUGGGAGAGCGGACGGGAUCCCGUAUAUUCCAAUGGAUAUGGUCGUAUGUGAAGGUCUUAGCUGCUAGAAGCGCUUAUACCACCACAACUACAACCACCACUUCUCACAGGUUAUAA